CGGCUCGGGCGGAAAUGACGAUACAGAGCCGCGGGAUUCAAACUCCCGGAAGUGCAGCCGGAGCCGCUGCUGCCGGGCAGGGUUUCCCCAUUCCCUGCCGAGACUUGGGCCCCCCGGCCCCUCCGCCCCUGGAGCCCCGGCUCCGAGACUGCCCGAGCCUCGCUGUAGCGGAGUCGGAAGCCGCCUCCUGCCUGGUGAUAAGCGGUCGCCGCUCGUACCGCUGAAGUUUGAGAGUUGCUUGAAGAUGAAUGCCAAGACCGCCAAAGAGAUAAUUAUUGGGAAGUGGGGCUUAAAGUCGGGUGGCGCCAGAGCCGAGGGUGAUCUCGAGAAGCAAGAGCAGGAGGACGUGGCGCUGAGAAAGCCCACGGAGAAAGCUGUGAAGUGGAAGAGCGGAGCUGAUGUGGAGCGGAGCGGGCUCCGAGAGAAAAUACUUUCCCUUGAAAAAGAAAAAGUAAAACACAGCCAUCUCCUUGGAGAGAAGGACAAGGAAAUCCAAAACCUGAAAGACAAGCUUAGAUCCAAAACAAAGAAUAGUGAAGUCUCCUCAUUACGAAGUCAAUUAGAGGAAAAAACGAAGGAAGCAGAAAAGAGAGAACAGUUACUUCAUUCUCUAUCAGAAGAAAUUAACAGGUUAAAAUGUAGUUUAUCCACCGUUACUGCAAAAUGUUCUGUGCUCGAAAGCAGAGCCGGUACUUCUCAGGCAUCCCAGGAAGCUGUAACAAACAGCACUGGAUCACCAGCUAAUCUUUAUGAAGUUGAAAACCAACUGAAAGAUGCUCUUGAGAAAAACCAGCAGUGGCUAUUGUAUGACCAGCAACGUGAAGCAUAUGUCAGGGGACUUCUUGGAAGGAUCUUUGAACUUGAGCAGAAGUCACAAAUAGUUAGCCAACAAGAAUCUAAAGAAUUCAGUUCACAAGGUUGUCUACAAGAGGAAAAGCAAAAAUAUUAUGACCCGCUGUUACUAACUGCUAAGAAUGAUCUUGAGACUGAAAGACACACUGUAACCCAGCUGAGAUCUGAACUUAAGGAACUGCAAAAGAAGCAUGAAGAAACACAACUAGAAAUGUCAAGUUUAAAUGGCUUAUUGCAGCCGCAACACGUUGAUGAAAUGAAGACUCUAGAAAUUGAAAAUAAAAUGAAAGAAGAGAAAGUGCAGAGACUAAAACAAGAAAAUGAAAGCAUUAAAGAACAGCUCAGAGAGGAAAAGAAAAAGUCUGAAGCUCUUUUAUGUCAGGUGCAACUUCUUCAUAAAUCAUUGCUUAAACAGCAGGAGGAACACACUAGGAUAGCUUUGCUGGAACAGCAGAUCCAGAUAUGCACCACCGACUUUGAGAAUGAAAAGCUCGAUCGCCAGAACUUGCAGUAUCAGUUAAACAAAGUCCUUAAGGAGCUGCGGAAGGCCAGGGAGCAAAUAACUCGCCUGGAACCUCUGAAACUCCAGGAAUAUGGACGUGUGGAACCACAAGAAGAGAAGCUGACCACCCAUGACAAAAGUCCUUCCCUGAAACAUACAGGCCUUCUUGACGAAAGUUUUCUUGAGUGUCCCAAAUGUAAAGUGCAGUAUCCGACAAGUCAGCACAGAGAAUUGCUAGCACAUAUCGAUUUUUGUACAGCUUGAGCUCCAAAUGGACUGACUAUAUUUGAUUUAUACACACUGCCAAUAUGCUUUUCUAUGAAGACAAAAGAUAUUUUUAAAACUUUAUUCUUAAGGUUGUAUAAAGGACUACUAGUUUUACUAUUCAGCUCCACAAAAACAUUACAAUAAUUUAUUUGACCUCAAAUAUUUAACUUUAUGUUCUUGCAGAAAACAGCAACUGCAUUUUUGUUUGCAAAUGGAAAUAUUUUUUAAAUUAGGACUAUCUUAAAAUAGUAAACUACUGGCUUUUUUUUUUCCAGUCUUAAAAAUGAGAACAGUAAAAGCACACCUAUUGUGUGUCAAACUUUAAUGUUUGAACUUUCCAGUUCUUGGCUGGUGAAUCUUGAUGAUUGUGCUUGUACCAUAACUGACAGUAACAGCUGCAUAGGAGUUUUGACCCUAAGUAGGUGCACUAUAUAUAUAUAUAUUUAUAUCUACAUGGGAUGUUUGUAUGUAUAGUGUAUAAUAUACCCAUAUGUGCCACAUACAUGUAUAAUGUAUCACCAUCUUGAUACAUUAAAACUCAGGAAGGUCAUGUUAAGAGGUCUUUGCUGCUUAAGAUUCAUAUUGGGAACAUCAGUCAUAAGUAAUUUGUUUUCAUGAACCACAGUCAAGGGUGACUCCGAGCGCAUAUAAAAAUGCUGACCAGGGUUUAAGUUCUUCUCAAAAAAAUGUCAUUGGGAAGAUAAACUUCCUAGCAAAUAGAAACUGUAUUGGUAUAGAAAAAAGUUUACAUUUCAGACAAUGCCAGAGACCAUUUUUAAAGUUUGGAUAUAGAAUUUUCCUAAAGUAAACUUGUUUGCAUUGAUGUGUUUUAGAGGUUAAAGUUGGGAAAUGUCAGUUAUUCAAUCUGCUACAUACAACAAAUGUCUCGAUUUAAAACUGUGUUUUUUAAUAAAUGAUUUGAAGUGUCACUGUAUUUUGGUAUGAAUACAGAAAGCAAGUUAGCUAUCAAUUCUUGAACAAAUUAGAAACUGGCAAAAAAAUCCCUUAUGGAUUUCCAGUCGCAGUGGUCUUUUCCUCUAGUACCUACUAUAGACCUGGAUCUAUUAUUAGCACUUUGCUACUUGCACCUGUAGUUAAAGUCCAACAAGCAGUUCUUUCCACAAAACUUAAAGGAAAUUUUACAAAGAUAAUUAGUUAAGAUAAAUUUGCCUCUAUAACAAGAGGUGGUGUACUGAUUCUGACUGCUGACUAGUAUCAACUUUUUCCAUCACACCUUGC